GACACCGCUCUCUCUCUCUCCCGCUCGCUCUCUCUCUCUCUCCUCUUCUCCGAGCUCUCAUCUCCACCUUCCCCCUAACUUUUCCAGUCUAGGGUUUCCUUUCACUCCCCAACACUUUACCAUCCGAACCUCUUUUCUCACAUCCACCCAUCUCUCCCUUAAAAGCUCCUCUCUAUUAUUUUUAACCUCAAUCUCACCUCAUUUCUCAUCAAAUCUCUCCCUGUCUGAAAUCCCACAAGUCCCUUAAUUAAGCUCAACUACUUACUUUCAUGGCCAAGACCAAACCUGGCAAGAAGGACCUUGACUCCUACAACAUCAAGGGCACCAACAAAGCCGUCAGGGUUGGGGAUUGCGUGUUGAUGAGACCAUCGGACACUGAUAAGCCUCCAUACGUGGCACGGGUGGAGAAGCUUGAAGCCGACCACCGGAACAAUGUGAAGGUUCGGGUUCGGUGGUAUUACCGGCCCGAGGAGUCGAUAGGUGGAAGGAGACAGUUCCAUGGAGCCAAGGAGCUGUUUUUGUCAGACCAUUUUGAUGUGCAGAGUGCACACACUAUCGAAGGGAAGUGUACAGUCCACUCCUUUAAGAACUACACUAAGCUCGAGAAUGUGGGAGCUGAAGACUAUUUUUGUAGGUUUGAGUAUAAGGCUGCCACUGGAGGGUUCACACCGGAUCGUGUGGCUGUGUAUUGUAAAUGUGAGAUGCCAUACAAUCCGGACGACCUUAUGGUGCAGUGUGAGGGAUGCAAGGACUGAUUAUGUUAGAGGAGUUAUUAAAGCAUCAAGCAUGUGGAAUAUGGCAAGAUGAGUGUUCAUACAAAUCAAAUCUACAGGUCUUAUUUAUCAUGUCUCUGCUUCAGAACAUAUGCUUUGGUUCAAAUUCAGCAGCCGUCAGCACUUGAAGUUAUUUCUCUUGUUUCGGAUAUAAACUGAGAUUUUAAUGUGAGUUGGGGUUCAUCUGAUUUCCAUUUUUAGCCAUUUCCAAUAAUCAGACUGGCCUCUCUCCCCUUCCAGUGUGCUGACAAAGCAAAGUUAAAUAUCAAUCCUUGUGCUUUACAAAUCCAAAUGUCUUCUUUUGCUUCAUGAAGUUCAAUAAUUGCUGGAUAGGUGUUGAAGAAUUUGAUAUAAGGCAAGGUAUUAGAUAUCAACCAUAACAGAAAUUUGAAUUGUUUUUGUAACGGAAACUUGAAUUGUUUUUUCUUGAACUGUUUUUUAAUCAUUUUCAAUAGUAGAUAAUUGUAAAUGGAAGUAUUGAUGAGAUAUCAAUGUUGAGAAUGUUAGAUUGCUAGUUUGAGCAAAAUGUAUUUAUCAACUUCCAGAAAAGUGUUACAGCUAUUGGUGUUCUGUAUUAUAUAUCAGAGAUAUAUCGAGAGUACUUUCAGUUUUCAAUAGCUGCUGCAAGCUAUGUUUGGAUAAAUGAUGUUGUAUGUUCGCACAGUUGAAUAAGAAAGAAAAAAAGAGAAAAUAUUUUUGAACGUAAACCCCUGGUGCAUGGUACCUCAGCUAGCAAGAUGUUUCAAAGCUGACCUUCAACAAAUUUCCUGUGAUAUUAUUUAAAGUUUGAACACAUCACGAUGAGGUACUGUGAUGUCACAAAUGCAACCUCUUAAAUGUGCAUGUCGAAAAUUGCAAUUGUGUGUUGGGUUAGCUGUUAUGUUUCUUUUUUGUGUUGAGCCUUAAUGGUGUUACUUUUAUGAUUUCCAUCAUGCUUGAGCAUAUAGAAUCAUAUUUUGGUUGAUUGUAUUUGAAUAACUCUACAUACACAAUGCGGAGUUUCCCUUUUAACACGGACAUCUAAGAUCCUCAAGCCAGCCGGUGUACCUUUUAUUUGCGUUGGUGCUUUUCCCU